AGCUUGACUGACACCCCCUGAGGCAUUGUGUUUGUAUAUAACUUUUUAAUCCGAACUGGUACAUAGAGGUGCAAAGCUGUGCAAUGAAAUUUAUAGUUUUAAUUUGUUUAGCUGAGAUGAGUUUAGCCAAACGUUUCCUUUGGAACGCUGUUUAAAACUUCAUCGAUAGAUGUGCUAUAUCCCGACUCAUUGGCGGUGUACUUGAAUCAACAGUUAGGAAAUGUCUAUUCGUGUUUUAUAGGUUUGCAAGGUGAAAAUAUAUUACAUAUAUUGAUACACAAACCUGGACAUAAUUAACCCUAAAAGGGAUACCUGGGGUCCAUUGGACCCCAGGCGCCUUUCAGAGCUCGUCUUUGAUGGAACACACUCAGCGAGGUGACGAAACUGAGGCCAUGAAGGUAUCCCUUUUAGGGUUAACUCGCUAAGACUUGUGCUAUGUUAUGUAUGCUUUAAUCGGAGCUAGUCGGUCAUGUAGCCAGCAUUGACUACCGUUUCAGUGGCGUAUAAAAUGCCAUCAUCUUCAUUUUACGUAAACACAUAAACCACCUAAACAGAUUUUUAUUUUUUAGGCGCUUUGGUUCCAUAAAAACGGGCGCGGUGAUGGUCGGCAUGCUGGCAAAAUUCAUUACAGAAUGGAAUGUCUUGCUAAGCAGUCCGACAGUCGAGUAUUCCUCCGGCAGCGUAGAUCCGAUCAAGAACCACAGACUUCGGAUGCAACGGAACAAGCUCAGGGUGUGGCAAACAUCGACGAACUGGUACAAUGAUUUUAGUAAUUAUGUUUAUUAGUGCAUAAUCAUAUUCAAAUGUGUUUAGGUGAACGAACUGCGGUUCAUUGUGCCAUCGGAACAGGAGAAGGCGCGAAUUCUAGAGCUAUGGAAGCAAACAUUGGUACAACGGAACAGCGCCAGAGAUGAAGGAACGUUUUGGCAAUACAUGAAGGAUUUUGCUGUUGCUUUUUCUUUUGGCGGAGUGCUGGUAUGUAUGGUUGUAUGCCAUUCAAUAUAAUAAUGUUUACGCCAUUUAACUCUUUUCUGUAUCACAUUCCAUUUUUUUUGCUUUUGUAAUUUUGAUCAAACAAGUAUUCUUUUAUUAACUUUUCGUUUUUUUAUAACUUUAUUCUAGCUUUAGCAAUUAAACGCUUUACCGUAGACCAAUUAUUUAGUACUUUUUUAUUCCUGUUCCAGAUUUCCCUUGAUUUCGAGUUGCUGAAACCGACUGCUAGCUGUUUCGAAGAUGCUUGGAAUUCCAUCGAAUCCAAAAUUCUGGAUCAAUUCCGAAACGUCCACAGGUACAUGAAGAACGAUGUUCUAAAAGUUCUCGCCGUAAUCCGUGAGAAAAACCCGAGUCGCGGUGCUAAACGGCCCCGUGAGGAAAGCGAGGCACGUAAAUUGAACCCGCUACACGGUAUCAUCGAGUGGAUUGAUCCGGAAUUGGAAAUACCGACAACCGAAGUCCCUAUCAUCUACAUCGUGGAGAAGUUUUUCGAAAUCGGCGAUUGCUACCUGGUCUGGAACGACGUCACGGUUCCAGUUGGAAACGACAUCCUGGCUGCCUUCAUACUCCUGUGCAAAUCCUUCACAGUCUUCAACGUGAAAUGUUGUGCAUCCGACAAGCUUUUUUAUUCUUUUUUCCAUGCAUUCUGCUUCAAAUUGGAGCCACUCAGUACCACAAGCAACAAGUUCCUUGAUAAACUCAUUGAAUGAGUGAGUGAUGGUGGACGUAUUGAAGCAUCCUUAAAAACGAUUGAUUAAAUAUACGCUUUUGGCAAUGAAUUCGCUUAUUGGUAAUAUAAGAUAUAUUUAUUUGCAAAAAAGAAUAACUACAUUGACUGCCACAAUUAUCGUUAUUUAUUCUAAUCAUUAUAUUCAAAACCGUUUUCCAUAACCGAAAGAUUCGGCAUUUUUUUUCCUGACUGUUUACAAUUUUUGCCGAGAUUUCAGUUUUUUUUAACCGAGAUUUUCAGUAAGAAAUGCCAUCUGUCAUUUUACCACAAACCGAGAUUGUCAGUACUGAACAAACUGCCGAGAUCUGAACCGAGAGCUCGGCUGUGCGAUUCUCGGCAAAAAUUAACCGAGAUUCAGCAAAUAAAUCUAAGU